AUGCCCAGCGACUGGGCUGGUGCCAUCGCUGGAGACGCCUCUGUGGGACGCGCGGAGGCGUCACUGCCGAAACCGCUUACACGUGCAGUACGCACCGAGAUGGUCAGGACACAGCAGAAGGAGUGCACGGGCCGUGCACGCGAAGGCGGCUACGCAUGCGCCUCGGACAAGGCGUGUACGGUGCGCCAAACGGGUUGGGUGAAGGCGCGAGCCGUGCCGCCUGUCUCCAGACCUGUGAACCCGUCCACGCACGGCACGCUCCUUCCUCUGGCUGGCUCACAGGCGGACGACGGGGAAGGCGUCGGUGGUCGCCGCCUCUCAGAUCGCACUCGUUUCAUCAGCGCGGGCGACCACAGCAGUUCUCAACUGCGCGAGGAGCAAGGCUCGAGAUGA